UCGUACGGGUAAUCAGCCCGUCUACACGGAGACUCUUUCCUAGGUCGGCACAGCUGCUGGUAGUGGAUAUGAAAGGCUCCUCGUCCUUCGGCCAAUUUUGGGGACACAACAACUGUAGCAGCUACGGCUAACUUCAAUUUCGUUCGAGACUCAGAAGACAAGAUAGAAAGGUACAUCUGCCAGUGGAGGUACACUUCCUGACGAGGGAAGCUCACCUUCAUCAAUCGAAACUUGAAGAUCCAACUCGUGGACCGGUUGCCGGAGAAACAAAGCCCCGCGUCCGAUGCCAUGCGAUACCAGUGCCAGUGCGGCCAUCAGCUUAUCUCGUCGUUAUCGCCGGCCCUGACUUUGCGCAUGAAAGUUCGGCCUCAAGUUCUGGGCAAACCAGAAAUUGGACAGUAUUGCCAUUGUACUACUACUAGUUGCUCACUGCAGCUCUGCCCGGCCGCAAAUCUCCGAAGAGAUUAUUCGGCUACGACUACAGGCACAGUGGUGGUUCUGCGCCAGUUUCUUUUCUUUCUCCAGGCAGUAGCUGCAUUGAAUUUAUUUUAUUUUGUGGCUUUUCUGGAUCUCGCUCCGCUACAUACCUUACCUUAAGCAUACGCCGAGUAUAACCGCUCUCUCGCUGCUAGUUGUGGUGGUAACGAAGAAGAAACGUCGAUACUACCUACUGUACCUCCCUCUGCCCGCACUUCAGCACCAACGCCAAACGACUGGAACACGCACUGCACGACAAUCCUCCAACCAUUUUCAGCUUGCGCAUCAAACAAGAUCCUCUUACUUGCAAGAAACAAGAAAGGACAAUACCUCGAGGCAAGACCACAAACUUGAAGAAGCACAAAGAUGCCGUCCGUUCCAUUCGCGACCUUUCUCAUCAUUUGCCCCGUCUCCUUCUUCCUCGGAAUCAUAUUCUCCCUCUUCCCCUACGACUACCCGCUCCUCUGGUCGUCGCUGCCCACACCAGGGACGCACUUCGACGCCGUCGAAACACACCUACGACUCCUGCACAAUGCGCCGAACCUGAUCCAGCGGAUCCUCCACAUCAUGGUCACCAUGGGCCUGUUGGGCCUAGUGAUCAAGCUCUACAAGCCCAGCGAGUCCAACAUGCUCUUUGACGGCGGCAGCUUGGUUCUGUACAUGGUCGCCGUGAUCGUGUACAUUGCAAACAUCAUCAAGGGUCUGCGCAUUGUCACCGAGGGAACCUACGGCAUGGUGAAUCUGCACGAGUUGUCGGAAGACGCGCGGGACAAUGUCGAUGCUUCCGGGUAUGAUGUCGAUUCCGGAGAUAGUGUUCUCGGCAGAGAAGACAAUUUGAAAGUUUUGGCCGCCAGCAACACCAUCUUGGCUUUGGUCCUGGUCGGUGUCUUGGUCCUGCAGGUCGGUCAGUGGUAUGCCGAGCGCAGUGAGGAGCGGGCCAUGAAGGAAUACGAGGCUAAAGAGAAGGCGGACCGCGAGAAGAAAGAUGCCGAUGCCACUGUCCCACCCCCUAAGAGACAGGGCAGCGGUCGCGAGGGUAAGAAGACGAAAUGAAAUGAUUGAGGAGAGGUUGGGAAAUGGAAAGAAACUCAAAAUUUACAAGACUCUUUCUGUCCCGAUUAUACAGGAUACUCGGGGUGUAUUGUCCGUUAGUCAUGCCAAAGCAAAACCAAUGAUUUUCACGACCUUGGUACGGGGUGGAAUCAGAUACCAUGGGGCUUGCUAAGACGUGCGUUGCGCACCGUAGGCUCGGAAUCAGCUCAGACAUUGUAUACUCGAAUAUAUCGACCCUGUUUGAGAAUGCAAAUAAUGGCUCCAAUGCAAGUUGGUCUUGAUGUGAUAGUCUGCAGAUAGUUGACAAAAUGCAGCGACCUCCGUCGAAUGCAUGGAAACUGUUAUACAUGGACAGCAAAUCGGCCAUUACUGGCAGACAACUCAGCCCAGCACUAUAUGGAGCGGGGGCUAAGGUUCCAUUUCAGAGGCCCAGACGCGGAGACAGGAGGAUAGAUCAGGAUACAGGUUCGAUUGAGACAGGCGUCAGUCACAUCAGUCGAAUUACUGUCCACUAUAUACCAAAAUAGAUAGCAUCUGCUGCAGCUUCUCGGGACUAAUACGGGAUACACUUUCAAGCAGGGAGAUGGCAUCGACAGGAACGGCGGGUCAACCCGGAGACUCCCAGUCGAAGUGGCCCAUGGCGGAACUGUUAUCGACGCCGAAGUUGAAAAACAAGUCAUCCCCUUGUUCAAAACCCAGGUGCUGGAACAAAUCCUGAAAGUUCGUCGCUGAAAAGGCAUCUGCUGCAAAGCCUUGAUCACCACCUCCCGGAUUCCGCAGGUCGCUGACCUGCUGCCACAUGGACUGGAAACUCGCGUGGAAUCGGGCCACAGCUGGACAGAGAUGCUCAUGCGCCUGUAACGUGGACAUGGCCCUGCUCCAGUGGUCCAGCACCAUGGCUUUGAAGAUAUCCGCGCGGAGCAUCGCCGCAAUCAGGAUCUGUGAGGCUAUAUACGUGUAGAAUACACGGUACCACCAUGGGAGAAUCCUGGAAGCCGUAUCUGGUCCAUGACCGUUGGACAAUAGUGUGAUCAUCCUUUGGGCGUUUUCGACGCACAUUGUGGCGCCGUCCUGCACAACACGGCUUUCCAAUCCUUGUCCGGCUGUGGUGGAUGAACCGUUCAUCGAGAACUGCGGCAGACAGAAACGGCUGAACAUGGGCCGGAAGAGGAUGAUCCGUGCGUGCGAGAUGCUGAAGUAACCGCAAUAAGUGAGUAUCUUUGUUGGAAGGGCCACUUCUCACUUACCGAAUAUGCAGCAGCAGCGGUUGGGCACUCAGUUCGUUGGCCGUGCUGUCCGCAACGGAGUUAAGCGACAAGGACGGAGGCAGAGUCUUCACAAACCUCGACAGACACUCAUCAACCUGCAUUGUCGUCUUGAGAUCGGCGGUCAAGAGUAACGGCGGGAGGCCUAAGCGCUCAGCGACGCUGCUCUGCGCUGAUACCUGUAAAAUAGUUAUAUGAAUGAUGAUCUCGGACAGUUCCAUGGUCUUGGUCUCGUAGCUAGUGUCAGUUGCGCAUACGGCAUGAUCGGAAUUGUGUCCUGAAUAAGUCCCCCGGGUCGAAAUAGUCGCAGGCACCAAGGAGGGCCGGCCAAGGGUCCAUGAGAGUUUCCUUUGCCCAAGA